CGCCUUCCGUCGCAGCCACCGUCUGCAGCUCAAAGUACGCUUGAAAAACUCUGAUGUGAUGUUUUCUGUGCUGGAGUAAGAUUUUGAUCCGACGUCCAUGAAAUGGUGACACUGACAGUGUAUCUUGGUUAAUAAUCAGCCCCGGGACCUGUCCUGCUCCGCCGUGCUCCUCAUGGCAGAGGUCUAUUACGUUGGAGUGGACGUGGGCACCGCCAGUGUCAGGGCUGCACUGGUGACCAGAGAGGGUGUGCUGAAGAGGACUGCAGAGGAGCAUAUCAGCAUCUGGGAGCCCCAGGCUGACCACUAUGUCCAGUCCUCCACAGAGAUCUGGGAGAAAUGCUGCUCAGUUGUAAAGAAUGUUACCCAGGGUUUGAACAGGAACCAGGUGAGGGGCGUUGGCUUUGAUGCCACCUGCUCUUUAGUGGUUUUGGACCAAACCUUCCAGCCGGUGCCAGUCAGUCAGGAUGGUGACAGACUAAAGAAUGUGGUAAUGUGGAUGGACCAUCGAGCUGCAGAGCAGGCUGCUCGUAUAACCCACACUGGCCACAAGGUCCUGAGCAGGGUGGGAGGGGUCAUGUCACCAGAGAUGCAACCCCCUAAGCUGCUCUGGCUCAAAGAGAAUCUAAAAGAAAGCUGCUGGAACAAAGCUGCUAACUUUUUUGACCUGCCAGACUUCCUGUCCUGGAAAGCAACAGGCUCGUUGACAAGGUCGUUAUGUACACUGGUGUGUAAAUGGACAUACUGCCCUCCAGAAGGGUGGGAUGGCAGCUUCUGGACCAGCAUUGGACUGGAGGACAUCCUGGAAAACAAUUUUUCCAAAAUAGGCAGUGUAACAUGCUCCCCAGGGAACCCGUUGGGAAACGGCCUCACCCAGGAGGCAGCAGCAAAUCUGGGUUUGGCGCCAGGAACUGCAGUUGGUGCUUCUCUUAUUGAUGCUCAUGCUGGAGGGCUAGGUGUGAUCGGUGCAGAUGUAAAAGGCUUUCACUUGCCCUGUGAGGACCACCCAAUCUCCACACGCAUGGCGAUGAUAUGUGGGACGUCAACCUGCCACAUGGCGAUCAGCGAGCAGCCUCUGUUUGUGCCAGGAGUGUGGGGACCCUGCCUGUCUGCCAUGGUGCCUGGCAUGUGGCUCAAUGAGGGAGGGCAGAGCGCUACAGGGAGGCUGAUUGACCACAUGGUUACCGGCCACACUGCCUACACCCAACUCCAGGAGCAAGCACAGCAGAGAUUUCCUUUUGCAGGCGAGAACAUCUACAGCUACCUGAACAACCACUUGAGUUUAAUGUCUCCCUCCCAUUCUGCUGUUGACCUGCUGGCCUCCAGUCUUCAUGUGUGGCCAGACUUUCAUGGGAACAGGUCUCCCCUGGCUGAUUCUACCUUGAAGGGCAUGGUGGUUGGAUUGUCACUUUCCCAAACCUUGGAUGACUUGGCCCUGCUCUAUUUAGCCACCAUACAAGCCCUUGCUUUUGGUACGCGUCAUAUUCUGGAGGCUAUGAAAGAGGCAGGACAUGACAUCAGAACCCUCUUCCUGUGUGGAGGCUUGAGCAAAAACCCUCUGUAUGUACAGAUUCACGCCAAUGCUACAGGAUUGGCUGUAGUGUUGCCAGACCAGAUGGAGGCUGUGUUAAUAGGAGCAGCAGUCCUGGGUGCAUGUGCAUCACAAGACUACAGCACGAUACAGGAGGCCAUGGAGAAUAUGGCGAAAGUGGGGACAGUUGUUCAGCCUGACUGUGAACUCCAGAGCUUCUAUGAGAGAAAGUACAGGGUGUUCCUGCGACUUUUCGCCCACCAGAGGGAGUACCAAGCCAUCAUGAACCAGAGAUGAUAAUGGUGGUGGGGGGGGCCAACUGGUACUGAGUCUUUGUGAUGUAAUGAUGACGAGAAAUCCACAACCUGGAUGGAACCAGGAACUCUGCAGAUUUUUGGUAGUCUGUGUUUUGGAUCCACUGCUGCACUUCUACCCAAAGCAAAGAGGACACAGAGACCGAUAGUUUGACUUCCUAGUGUCCCCUCAGUGCCACCCAAAGUCAAAUACCAUCAAGUACUGUCACCUUGAAAUGUAUUCCUAAUAAUUAAAAUGAAAUGGGCUCAUGCCUUUCA